AUGGCCUUAGAGAUGUGUCAUUAUCCCCUUAAGACAACCAUAUGUGACUACGUCUCACUGAUGGAUCAUUUAAUGGAGACGAGCAAAGAUGUUGAUCUUAUGGUUCAGAAGGGAAUUCUUGUCAAUGGUUUGGGUGACAGCAAUGAAAUUGUUACUCUUGUCAAAAAACUUGGAACACAUAUUCCUCAGGAUUGUCAGAGCAGCCGCUACGCUUGGCUUUUUAUGCACUUAAACCGACACUGCGAGAAUCGUUGGGUGAAACCCAAAUACCAAGACAACAUUUGGCAGAAAUGGCUGAAAAUACUCAAAGAUGAAUAUUUCAGCACCCCUUGGAGAUCUGCUUCUACCAUUGCAGCAAUCAUUCUUCUUGUGCUUACUUUCAUACAAACUGUAUUUGCCAUCAUAAAAUAA